CUCUUAGGUCUUUGUCCACAGAUUCACAGGCUUCAGGGCACCGGACCUGAGUAGGAGGAGGCCCGGGAGGCCGCUGCCUGCGGUGCAGGGUGUGUCUGAGGCCCCUGGAGCCCCAACAGACCGAGAUCGGGGUCCCCGUGCCUCCCGGACGCCUCUCCGCUCACAGCGUUCCCGCAGCCCGACCCCCCUGAACCCUCCGGCCUGGGGGCCGGCGCCGCUCAGGUCCUGCCGCCCAGGUCCCAGCGUCCGGAAUGGAUGUGAACUUUGAGGUCGUGGCCAUUGCCUUCUCUCAGGAGGAGUGGGGGCUCCUGGAUGAGGCUCAGAGACGUCUGUACUGCGAGGUGAUGCUGGAAGUGUUCGCACUUGUGUCAUCUGUAGGUUGUUGGCAUAAAAUGAAAGACGAGGAGGCCUGUUCUGAUCAGAGCGUAAUUAUACAAGGAGCGUCACAGGUCAGGGCUUCUAAGACAGCUGCAGCCACCCAGAAGACCCUUCCGUGUAAGCUGUGUUUCUCCGUGUUAAAAGAUAUUUUGCACCUGACUGGGUCACCUUCAGCAUACUUUGAGCAGAAAGCCUUCUGUAGUGAUGCAUGUGUUGGAGACUUCUGUUUCAGUGCAAACCCUCACCAGCCACAGAGGAAUGAAUUUGAAGAGGAUCCCUGGAAGGAAUCUGUGGAUAUGGCCACCUUUGUAAGCAGAUCCAGCUUCUACUUAUCUCCGGUGCCUUCAACCCGCAGGGAGGUUGGGAAAGACUUGCAAUACAACUCAGAGCUUCCCCAGCACCAGGCCACUCUCAGCACCGAGGAGCUACACUGUGGCAGUGAGAUUUCACAGGGAUUUCUUGAUGGAAAGAGUCAUCACCCGUGGGGUGAAUGUGAAAACGCCGCCAGCCACAACCUGAAAGUGGUUCAGUGUCAGGGAGUGUGUUCUGGAGAGCUGACGUAUGAGUGUAACAAAUGCAGGAAAGUUUUCAGUCGAAACUUGAACGUCAUCCGACGUAAGAGAGUUCACACGGGAAAAAAGCGGAAGGAGUGUAAUGAAUGUGGGAAGUUCUUCAGAAAAAGGCAUGCCCUCAUGAAACAUCUGAGAAGUCACACUGGAGAGAAGCCACAUGCGUGCAGACAUUGUGGGAAGUCCUUCAGUUAUAAGUCCGCCCUCAAACAACACAACAAAGUUCACACAGGAGAAAAGUCCUAUACGUGUAAAGAAUGUGGGGUGUCCUUUCAUCAGAGGCCUCACCUCAAUGGACACCUCAGCGUUCACACUGGAGAGAAGCCAUAUGAGUGCAGAGAAUGUGGGAAAUCCUUCCCUCUAAGGGCUAACCUCUCUAGACACCUGAGAGUUCACACUGGAGAGAAGCUGCAUGCGUGCAGUGAAUGUGGGAUCUCCUUUCCUCGAAGGUAUCACCUCACGGAACACCUCAGAGUUCACACUGGAGGGAAGCCGUAUCCAUAUGAGUGUCGAGAAUGUGGGAUGUGCUUUCGUCUAAGGGCUCACCUCACUGUGCACCUCCGAGUUCACACCGGAGAGAAUCCAUACGCGUGUCGAGAAUGUGGGAUGUCCUUUUGUGAAAGGGAUCACCUCAUUGAGCACCAGACGUUUCACACUGGAGAGAAGCCAUAUGAGUGUCGAGAAUGUGGGAUGUGCUUUCGCCUACGAGCUCACCUCACCGAUCACCUCCGCGUUCACAAUGGCGUGAAGCCGUAUGAGUGUACUGAAUGUGGGAAGCCUUUUACCCAAAAAUCUAGUCUUAUUAGACAUCUGAGAGUUCACACUGCAGAGAAGUGUUGAAUGUGCAGGGCAUAUUUUAUUUUUCUCACUUAGAAUAACCAACACUUGCCAAAACCGGUUUGGCUCAGUGGAUAGAGCAUCGGCCUGCGGACUGAAGGGUCCCAGGUUCGAUUCCGGUCAAGGGCAUGUACCUUGGUUGCGGGCACAUCCCCAGUGGGAGGGUGUGCAGGAGGCGGCUGAUCGAUGUCUCUCUCUCAUCGAUGUUUCUAACUCUCUAUCCCUCUCCCUUCCUCUCUGUAAAAAAUCAAUAAAAUAUAUUUAAAAAAAAAAAAAAAAGAAUAACCAACACUGAAGGCGACUCUUUGCGACCCGUUCUCCUGAAUUUAAAUCCCUUUUUAAUGGAACAUACACUCCGCUAGAUUCCUCAUGUGUUUCCGGUACAAGUGA